UGCAAAUAGUGAAAAAACAACCCUGACCCCUGCACAGAGAUAUGAGCGGCAGCGGGCGGCCCAGGACCAGCUCGUUUGCUGAGCCGCCAGGUGUUGCAGGAGCCGCCGCUGCGUCCACCGGAUCAGCCGCUGCCGUGGGGAGUAGCACAGGAAAGUCCGGGGUCCCGCAGGCCUCCGGCACCAGCUCGUCGGGAUGCUCGAACCUUAAGCUUGCCAGAGACAGUGGGAAGGUGACAACAGUUGUGGCCACACCAGGUCAAGGACCAGACCGCCCACAGGAAGUCUCUUACACUGACAUCAAGGUGAUUGGUAAUGGGUCGUUUGGUGUGGUGUACCAAGCUCGACUCAUUGACAGCCAAGAGAUGGUGGCCAUCAAAAAAGUUCUGCAGGAUAAGAGGUUCAAGAAUCGGGAACUACAGAUCAUGAGGAAGCUGGACCACUGCAACAUUGUCAGACUACGUUACUUCUUCUACUCCAGUGGGGAGAAGAAAGAUGAAGUGUACCUCAACCUGGUGCUGGACUUUGUCCCCGAGACUGUCUACAGGGUUGCCAGGCAUUUUAACAAGGCCAAGAGCAUCAUUCCUAUCAUAUAUGUGAAGGUGUACAUGUACCAGUUGUUUCGCAGUCUGGCUUAUAUCCAUUCCCAGGGUGUGUGUCACAGAGACAUUAAGCCCCAAAACCUCCUCGUCGACCCAGAAACUGCCAUCCUCAAACUGUGUGACUUCGGCAGCGCCAAGCAGCUGGUCCGCGGUGAACCCAACGUGUCGUAUAUCUGCUCACGGUAUUAUCGCGCCCCUGAGCUAAUUUUUGGUGCCACAGACUACACGGCAAACAUUGACAUCUGGUCAGCAGGCUGUGUACUAGCUGAGCUGCUGCUCGGACAACCCAUAUUCCCUGGUGACAGUGGGGUGGACCAACUAGUAGAGAUUAUAAAGGUGCUGGGAACACCAACGAGGGAACAAAUCCGAGAGAUGAAUCCAAACUACACAGAAUUCAAGUUCCCUCAGAUCAAAGCCCAUCCAUGGACCAAGGUGUUUAAACCUCGCACCCCUCCAGAGGCCAUUGCUCUCUGCUCUCGGCUGCUGGAGUACACACCGGCCUCACGCCUCUCCCCACUAGAGGCCUGUUCACAUGCCUUCUUCGAUGAGCUGCGCCAGCCGAACACACGACUGCCCAGUGGCCGAGAACUGCCGAUGCUCUUCAACUUCAGCACCACAGAGCUGUCAAUCCAGCCACAGCUGAACUCAACCCUCAUUCCUCCUCAUGCUCGCUCUCAUACAGCUGCUUCCGCCCACGAUGGCACCGGUUCAGAUUCAUCUCAGCACAGUUCAGUACCAGGAUCUCUUAACAGCAUCUGAAGCGGCUUCUCACCUGCCUGCCUGCCAGCCUCACCCUUAUCUCCGACACACACACACACACACACACACACACACACACACUCGCACUCUACAGCUUUCCUCCGUGCUGCUUGCUCUCCUCCUAGAUGAUCUGUUUUUGUACAGUAAAUACAUUGAGCAAAGUAUUAGUUCUUUAGCUGCCAGGGUUGAAAACUAAAGCAGGAGAUUGUUACACACACACAGAGUCAUCUUGCUGCUGCUCGGGUGGUAUGUGAAGGUUCAAUAGUGGGGGCUGGUCCUCUGUAAUAUAACCUUUUUUUUAAUCAACUUUUAUUUUUUCCUUUUUCUUCUUUAUAUUUGUGUUUAUUUAUUUGACUAGUUGAAAGCAACACAACAUUUUGUCUCUAGAGU